AUGCCGUUUCCAUUCUCAGACGUCUGCGACCUGCUCGAGCAGUCAUACCGGCUUUGUCAGUCCCGCAAGAGCAACAACAACAACGACGCCGCCGUGCAUGCGUGGUUCCGGCGGCACCGCGCGGCCGUCGACGCGCACGAUACUGACAUGGCGGCGCUGCUGUCGACGCUGCUGCCAGAGAAGCGCACCGAUCGCGUGUAUUGCAUCCAGGCGCCGACACUAGAGCGGGUGAUUGGCCGGGCGCUGAUGCUCGGCUCCUCGCGGAUGCUGGAGCUGGCGACAUACAAGCGGCCGGGUGCGGGCGUCGAUCUUGCCGAGUGCGUGGAGCGCAUUCUGUCCGUGACUCCGAAUGCGGUGCAAGAGGGCCAGGAUCAAAUUGUGACGGUGGAACAGAUUGACGAGCUGCUGCAUGGUCUGGCGGCGCGCAUCCGAUGGAGCGCCCCCGCGAUACGCGAGUCCAGCGCGGCCAUGUCCCAUGAGAGCCGCGGGGACCUGGAGAGCAUGUACCGACGGCUGUCGGCGCGCGACGCCAAAUGGUUCACACGGCUUGUGCUCAAAGACUACCAACCGCUCAUCUUCAAUGCCAAUCUACUGUACCGCGCCUGCGACCCCGUGCUGCCGUGCAUCCUCCAGAUCCGGGACGACUUUACCGAGGCGUUGGCCGCAAUGUCGUCUGCGCGGGGUCCGCUACUGCCGAUGGCGGCGGCGGGGGGAAGGGGAAAGCUGAGCACGAGGAGGGUGCUGGCGACGGUGAAGCCGAAGCUGGGUGUCAAGGUCGGGAGGCAGCAGUGGCUCAAAGGCAGGAGUAUCAAGCAUUGCAUCGAUAUGGGCAGCGGGCGGAUGAGCGUGGAGACGAAAAUGGAUGGCGAGUACUGCCAGAUUCAUGUAUAUCUGAGCAGCUCGCAAAAGAGGGUGCAAAUAUUUUCAAAGAGCGGCAAGGACAGCACGGAGGAUAGGUCCAAGGUGAUACCGGCGAUUGAGAGGGCGCUUAGGCUUCGUACGAGUGAGUGCGGGUUUCAAGAGGCAUGUAUUUUAGAGGGCGAGCUUGUAUUGUAUAAUGAUUUGGACAAUACAAUUAUGCCGUUUCAUAAGAUUCGCGGCCACGUCACGCGCCGCGGACGAUAUAUGAAUACAGAACAAGACUCGCAGCCAAAACCAUAUGAGCACUUGAUGAUUGUCUACUACGACAUUUUCCUCGUCGAUGACCAGUCUCUCAUGGACGUCCGGCAUUCGGAGCGGCUUAAAAUUCUUCAACAAGUCGUCCAUUGUGAGCGUGGACUCGCAGCACUGGUCCCGCGAGAAACGAUUGACUUUCGACACUCUCUUGCUGCGUCUGCCCUGCGAAAAGCAUUUGCCAAGGUCAUUGUCGAGAGAGGCGAGGGGCUUGUCUUGAAGCCCGACGAGCCUUAUAUCGUGAUUGACGAAAAGGGACGGGCAACGUCGUGCCGCUGCAUCAAGCUGAAAAAGGAAUACAUUGGGGCGUUUGGCGACGUGGGCGACUUUGCCCUUGUCGGCGCGGGCUUCCACGCAGCAAAGGCCAAGAUGUAUCGUAUCCCAAACUUGAAGUGGACGCACUUUUACAUUGGAUGUCUCAACAAUAAAGAACAAGUCCAAAGAUGGGGCGACACGCCCGAAUUCACCAUUGUCUGCGCUCUCGAGCUCCCUCAGUCUCUUUUGCAAUCCUUUCUCGCGUUUGGCGAGCUGACGGCCGUGGCACGCGCCGACAACACGUCGACAAAGUUGACUGUGCCGCCUGGCAUCCAGUGCCCCCACGCGCGCUUGACCGUUGCGUUUGCGAACCCCGCCGUCGUCGACCUCUGCUGCUUCAGCUUUGACAAGCCCGGCAACACGGGGGGGGUUUGGACGCCGCGCUUCCCCGCCGUGACCAAGAUUCACACCGACAGGGACUAUACCAAUGUCGUGACCCUGGACGAGCUGCAGGCCAUGGCGCGGGAGGCGGUGGAGAAGCCGGCGCAGGAGGUCAGCCAGGAGAAUUUGCGCUGGAUCGCCAAGCUCGAGGGCGCGGACCCGCGGGGCGUGGCGGUGGAUGCGGUGAGUCAGGCGACGGCGACGACGAUGCCGACGCCUUCACCGGUCAAGUUGACGAUGACGACGACGAGGACAACGACGCAGAGCACGGCGUCGGGUAGUAGCCAAGAGUCCAAGGCGCCGACGGAGACGAGCCACCAGAGCCAGGCCGUGGCGUUGCCGACGCCGCGGGCCAAGGAAGCAGAGGCGCGGAGAGAGGUGUCCGUGUCGGUCAUUUCCAUAUCUUCGUCUUCGACUGCCAGCAAAACUCGCUCGCAAAAGUCGGCGAUGCGUGGCUCUGCGAAGCGAGUAAUGGGAACAGCGUCGCCGGAGCAGAGCUUCAAGCGCCGCCACUGCGCGGCCAGUCUCGGAGACAAAUCUGCCGCGCCGAGCGCCCCGCCGUCGCGAAGACCACUGGAAAACAUGAAUGUAAAUGUUUCGUACGGCGAUUCUCAGUCCAUCGAUAGCCAAGACAGCCAGGCCACGGUGAAGCUGGAGGAGCCGCGCAGACUUGCAAAUGCGCAACAACAAGACAUCGUCAUUGAGAUUCCGAGCUCGGACGCAGAAGACGACGACGACGACGACGGCUCGUCACAAGACCUGAGCAGCCAGAGCCGCUCCCUAGCAGUGGUGGCGGCGCCCAAGACAACAAUCGCAGCAGCUCAGCAGCCUAGCGGAUCCCAUCAUGUACACUGCAAGUAUGUCGGUGCAAAGUGCGGCUUCGUCGGCAAGACAAUACUGCUGUCGAGUCUUGCGCUGCUCCAUCUCGCCGAGCUCACGCCCCUCCUGCGCUCCCACGGCGUCGACGUUUCGCGCAUCAUACCCUGUGUGGAGACGUGGUGGCGGAAGCUUGGCAGAGAAGAGCAGCAGCAGCAGCAGCAGCAGCAGCAGCAGCAGCAGCAGCAGAGUCGCGUGCUGCUUGUUGAUAGCGUGCAGCAGAGCGCCGAGACCAAGGCGCUCGUGGCGAGGCUGGACGCGGCGCGCAAAGAGGCGCGGCGUGAGGAAGGGGAUUGGAUUAGCGUGUAUGACUGGCGCGUGUUGAAGCAUGUGUCGAUUGCAGAGGACGCGGGCGUAGAGAAGAAGUACUAUGAUGGGUUUCAGGAUCCGUGGAGGAGGUGGUAUUGUGGGCUGGUGUAG